CCCACGCGGAGGAAGGAAGAGACGCAGGCAGGCUGCGGUGACCCAAGCGGCCGCCCCUGCCUCAGGGACCCCUUCCCCGAGAGACGGCACCAUGACCCAGGGAAAGCUCUCCGUGGCUAACAAGGCCCCUGGGACCGAGGGGCAGCAGCAGGCGAAUGGUGAGAAAAAGGAGGCUCCAGCAGUACCCUCAGCCCCACCCUCCUAUGAGGAGGCCACCUCUGGGGAGGGGCUGAAGGCAGGAGCCUUCCCCCCAGCCCCCACGGCUGUGCCUCUCCAUCCCAGCUGGGCCUUUGUGGACCCCAGCAACAGCUCCAGCUAUGAUGGUGGUUAUCCCUCGGGGCACCAUGAGCUCUUCACCAUCUACAGUUGGGAUGACCAGAAAGUUAGGCGGGUCUUCAUCAGAAAGGUCUACACCAUCCUUCUGAUUCAGUUGCUUGUGACCUUGGGAGUCGUGGCUCUCUUUACCUUUUGUGACCCUGUUAAGGAUUAUGUCCAGGCCAACCCUGGAUGGUACUGGGCAUCCUAUGCUGUGUUCUUUGCUACCUACCUGACCCUGGCUUGCUGUUCUGGACCCAGGAGGCACUUUCCCUGGAACCUGAUUCUGCUGACCAUCUUUACCCUGUCCAUGGCCUACCUCACUGGGAUGUUGUCCAGUUACUACAACACCACAUCUGUGCUGCUGUGCCUGGGCAUCACGGCGCUGGUCUGCCUCUCAGUCACCAUCUUCAGUUUCCAGACCAAGUUUGACUUCACCUCCUGUCAGGGUGUUCUCUUCGUGCUGCUCAUGACCCUCUUCUUCAGUGGACUCAUCCUAGCCAUCCUUCUACCCUUCCAAUAUGUGCCCUGGCUGCAUGCUGUCUAUGCAGUGCUAGGAGCAGGCGUGUUUACGUUGUUCCUGGCAUUUGACACCCAGUUGCUGAUGGGUAACCGACGCCACUCGCUGAGCCCAGAAGAGUAUAUUUUUGGAGCCCUCAACAUUUACCUAGAUAUUAUCUAUAUCUUCACCUUCUUCCUGCAGCUUUUUGGCACCAACCGGGAAUGAAAAGCUCUCUCCACUCCCACCUUCCUCCAGAGAAUGCCCCUUCCCUGUCCUUUGACCCUCUCUGUGCUCCUGCAAAACCAGACAUAAAACCUUGCUGCAGCCAGCCUGUGGCCAGCUGCUCCCUCCCUCAGCCAGCCCUCACCUGACCCUCUGCAGCUUGUACAUAUGCCAUCCUUUGGGGCCUGAGGAACUAAGACCACAUCAUCCCCCGUGCUACCCUCCCCACUCCCCCGUUACAUCUUCCAAACUGGAACAGUCAAGGAUGAAGGCCUCUUUGGGUUUGAGAACCCAAGGGACAAGUCGGAGGAGCCCAGCAAAAUCUCAGAGGCAGGAAGGAGACCCUAAGAAGCCUGACUGAGACUUGUAUCCCUACCAGGAUUCCUCCUAGGGCUGUCACAACCAGGUGACUCUGAGGGAUACUGUUCUGUGUCCAUCAACCUGCUGUUCUCUCUCUUACAGGUCAAACAUUGACACCUUAUAAGCAAAUGGGUGGGGAGCACCAAGGGAGAUGAAAGGAAGGUGUCUCAGGCUGCCCAUCUCUCAACUCCAGGACCAGUGGCUUGUUCUGAGAAUGGGCCCCAGGGCUGAGGGCAAUGGAAAAGGGUUAGAAAGCUCAAGGCCUCUGAUAUUUGCCUUGGUUUGUCCUCUUGGGAGUCCUGUGGAGCAAGAGAUAGGGGUAGGAGGACCUACUCCUGAGGGCCUGUCCUGGAUUCCCAGGGAGGUAGGGACAGAAAAGUCAACUGGGGAGACCGAACUGUGCAGCAUGGGCAAUCUAUCUAGACCUGGGUCCACUUGGGAGGUGUUAGGGUUAUAAUUCUAAGACCCACAUCUUCUCACUGUCUUCUCUCCCUGUUUGCCCGGGACUGCUCCCACAGGCCUGAGAAGAGUGAGGUAUGCUGGGGCCUUUCUGACUGGAGGUUCUGGAGAGCAGGCAGUUCUAGUUAAUGGAUCAGCUCCAUGUGGAGGGAUCCUGCUUUGCCCCCAGCCCUAACCUGAGGCGAUGCCCAAGUCCCUUCUGCACCUCUUAUUUCCUACCCUAUCUGCUGCCACAUUCUGGCUUAUCCCCAGCCAGGCCACCUGAGGCCUUAGAAGUUGGCAGGUCCAUAUCCCUUCCCCCAGCUUCUCUGGCCACUCACUUAGCCCAGAGUCCCUGAACUCCUACCCCUCCCUAUCUCCACAUCUCUCCAAAUUGGAAGCUGUCCAGCUGAUGCUAACAGCCAGGACCAAUAGCUCGAGCUGGUCCAUGUGAUGAGGCCAAAGUUCCUUAUCAGCCUCCAGGUGGCUGGGAUCUCAGGCAGGGUGUGCGUCAGCCACCCGGCCCCUGGCUGGGUGCCUGCUAGGGAGAGCAACAAGGGGCCACACCUGGGGCAGUGUGCAGCCGACAUGUGCCCAGGGCCAACUCAGAGCUAGUGGAAAGUUACUGGGUGGAGGUAAAGAGACUCUGAGUAGAUAUCAGGACCCUCCCUUGGCCUCUCUGUCUCCUGGGCUCUCUCCUCUUCUUCCUAUUCUGGAGACCCCGCUAGCACCUGGAAGAGGUGACUAGGUGUGUUGUCUAUCCAUUCCCAACCCCACCCCUCUCUGCCCUUCCUACUUCUAGCUUUCAAGAAAUAUAAUAGAAGCAUUUGAAGUUUUAUUCCAUCUUGGGUAUUUGAGGAAAGAAUGAACCAAGAACCAGCAGGUAGUGUGUGUGUGAGGUAAAGGCAAUCAGGGCAGGGGAAGGGGGUGCCCACUGUGUGCUGGUCUAAAUUAAACCGUUGCAGCAGUCCUACGAAGGCAGUCCUCUGCAUGUCCCUACUGCAGAGGGAGGGCAAAGCCAAGAUGAUCAGAAAGGCUUGAUAAUGAGUCUAAGGUCACACAACUAGCAGUGGUGAAUCUGAGAUUCAAAUCCAUGGCUGCCUCGCUCAAAAGGCAUCAGUCUUUCCUUCCAGCUUGAGUGGGGAGGGGCUGGAAUGAGACUGCAUGAGAGCCCAGAAAGGUGGAUGAUCAAGCCCCAAGAUCUCUGGGGAUAGUGCCACCCAUUUCAAUUCCCACUCCCCCCACCAGAUAGGAAAAUUCAGUUUUCCUAUUUGCAAGAUGGAAGUCUGCGGCCAGUGUGGAGCAGGGAGAAGCACCAGAACACUGAUUUCCCUGAUCUCCACACCCGGUUGACACCCCUCUUCCAAGGCCUCUUGGGUUCCUCUCCUAAUCUCUGGCCUUGGUACUAGAAGGGUUUAACCCCCUCUUCCUAGUCAUUAACCUGCCACUCCCACACUGGCCAGCUUCCCAGAAUUCACUUGUCCAUGUCCUUCUCUUCCUGGGAUAAUUUAUGCAGAAACUGGGGAUUAAGAAGUUUUUCCAAGGUUGAGCUCCAAAAGAUUGGGGGAAGGGUAAGCCCUCAGUCAUUAAUAAUGUGUGUGACUCAAGCACAAAUCAAUGAUGGCUCCUCUGAGGAGGUGGGGAGGCCCAGCAGAAGAUGCUGCAGUCUUCUACCCUGGGUCCUAAGGAGAGUCCAGGGCAUUGCAGAGCUGACAGCAAGGCCAGAACUGAAGCCUGUGUGUGCCACUCCCAUCUGGGCAGUGAGGAGUCCCAGGAACACCUGGAUGGGUCCUGAAAGGAGGACAGGCGGGGAACAGGAAUGCCAGAUUAUGAGAAAAUGAAGCUGGGCAGUUGCCAUAAGCUAUAGAGGAGGAGGGACCCUGAUGCUCUUCAUAUUUUUGGCCUGGGUGAGGCUGGACCUGGGAAAGGGUAGGUUUCAUUUUAUAAAGCUAGAGGAAGCCAGGAAUCUAACCAUCUGUGAUGUGAAGUCAGAAGUAUCCUGAUGAGGGGUGACAGACAAAGAGAUCCUUUCCUGGAGGCUGCAGAUCCAGAGCCAGGGAGGCACAGGGAAGUCCCUAAACCAAUUGCUGGGUACAUGCUUGGCUCCUUCUGUAUAAUUUCGGGAGGCCCAAGAGUCUUGAUUUUUCAAUUUCCUACACUUCAUCCUGGGGGAUUCAGGAUCAGACAGACCCCUCAUUCAGAAGGUUGUGCAUCUCCUUCCCCAGCUUACCUGGGGACAAAGUGGCCUGUCUGCCAGGGAUAGGAUGAGAUUUUACACAAGCACUUUGCUGCCCCCCAGUGGCUUCGAGAGGAGAGGUGGGAAAGAAUUAGGGCGGCUAUGGCUAGUGGUGAGGCACAGGACCUGCCUGCUGGCCUUCCCAGUUCUCAGUCCUCCCAGACCCCUCUCUUCUCAGUAACCACCAGCUGUUCCCUUUUGACCAAUGACUGUCACAUCUCUCAGUCACUGUUUACCCGUCUACUGAAAACCACCCCUAUGCUGCUCCCAAGGCUCAGCACCAGGGAUACCGGCUUGUCUGCCACAGCCCCAGACACAAUUGCUGCCCUUCCAGCCUCAGUUCCUCCAAGGUCCCUGGCCUGUGCCCGCCCCCUUCCCUGGCCUCACUUUUCCGGGGUCUGUGAUUGACUGGAGAUAAGAAUAAAAGCAGUUAUGACAUUUGAA